AUGACUUCCAAAUUCUGCUCGGCGUGCCUUCAAAAACUCCUCCUCUCUUCUUUUCUAGCAGAUCCCUCUGAUCCAAGUAGCAAGAUUCGUGCCACCUGUAUUCAUUGCCGGAAUCGAAGUGCUCGACUGCGUGAGAAGAAGAGGAAAGCUCUCUCGUCACUCGAUCUUAACGUGCCUUCGAAAAGACCGGCGAUUAGUCGUACGCUCGAGGCUCCUUCGAUCCCUCUUCCUCAUGGACGACCCGAAACCCGCUCGGAUACCUCUACACGCUCUCUCCCUCCACUCGAAUCACAGCCGCAACCUCCAGACGCUCUUUCGAUCCCUCUCUCUCAUGAACGAUUCGAAAUCCCCCCGGAAGCCGAAUCACGACCGCAACCUCCGCUCCCACCACCGACGGACUUCCUUCCGGCAGACCAAUGGAGGUUUAUCCAGGAAUUUUACAACGCCUUAGAUGAGGUCAAAAUGGAGUUCUGUCUUCGGUGUCGAGAACGGUGGUUUACGAUGAAUUUAAAGAACGAGAUCUGCCACACCUGUUUCUUGAGAGAUAAGAGUUCCCAUUCUCCUUUUCUGAUGUCGACGGAUAACGAAAUGGAUCCAGGCGAGAUUCCAGCCCGUUUACCGACCUUGACCCAAGUGGAAGAGAUGAUUAUUGCCCGUUCUCAUGUGCAGAUGUUGGUACAUCGAUAUCGAGGCCACCAGUAUCACUACUCCGGGCACUGUGUGAGUUUCAUGCAAAACAAUGUGAAAACGGUGAAUAUGUUACCCAAUUUACCCUCCGAGCUGGAUAUUGUCGUUGUUCGCCCGUCGAAUCAAGUAAUGGAGAAUAACCCCAGAUAUCAUUCCCAGUUUCGUGCUGAUUUCCGGGUCCGGAAAAGCCAUGUGGUAACUUGGCUUCGUUAUUUAAAGGCCAACCACCCCGAUUACCGAUACAUCACCAUUUCCCUGGACCGACUCGAAAGACUGCCGGUUGAUGAUGAUAUUUCCUCAUCGUUCCCCUCGAUCGUCGACGAGUCAAUCAUCGCGGAGGAGGACCCUGUUCCAGACACGUCCACGGGCCCAAACCCGCCAGUCCCGGCCGAUUUCCCCCCUACGAAUUCGCAAUCGAUGGUCCCUAAUCUCCAUGAUGAUACGACAGAAGUCGACCGGCUUCUGGCCGAGAUUUCUGGGCGUGCUUUGAUGCCUCCUGGCGUGCCAGCGCCAUCCAUUCGAUCGACCCCCCUCGAUGAGGCAGCUGGGAGAGAGCGGAUCUUUGCCAUGGCCUUCCCCACUCUCUACCCUACGGGUCGAGCCGAUUUUAACGCCGCCCGACAGCGAAAGGUUGAUUUAAAAGAUUACGCUCGACAUCUGAUGUGUUAUCACGAUGGGAGAUUCGGUCGACAUCCCCGCUGGCGGUUUUUGAUCUUUAACCUCCUGAUGCGUCGAAGGGCGAGCAAUUCGGCCCGUUUUUAUGUGUCGAAGGCGUCGGGGUUAAAGGAUCUUACCCGUGAAGCGUUAACGGAGGCCUUGCUGACGGAUGAGUCUCUCCUCCCUCAGAUUGUUCGUCAAGGUUCGGCGUUGACUGGAACUCGCCCGUUCUGGAGAAAUAAGGGGUCUGGGCUGCAGGCGCAAGCCCGAUUUCUCUCGCCCGGAACGUCGCCGGUGUUUCUCACCUUCAGUGCCGCCGAUAUGCAAUGGGAGGACUUGCAUCGACACUUCCCCGGAUUUUCGGCCGCGGCGACGGGGGAUGAUCGUCUUCGGCGCCAAUUCAUUUGGGAGAUGGUUCAAAGCCACCCACACAUCAUCGCCUCUUACUUGGAUAUCCGCUUUCGGGUCUUCAAAGAGCGCGUUUUGCGGCCCUUCUUGGGCUAUACGGACGAGUGGUCCCGAUUUGAGUGGCAGGCUCGAGGUUCCGGCCACUUACACUGCCUCUUUUGGAUCCCAUCGGCACCGCCCCUCGAUGUCGCAACGCCCGACGCCCGAGCCCGGUUUGCCCAGUACUGGGGUGUCCGUAUCACGGCCUGGAAUCCGGACCAGCUCCGGCUCCCUGAUGCACGAAACCCGGCAUCCCUGGCCCAUUCGGAUGUUGCUAAUACGGCCGAUCAAUUUGCUGCAUUCCUCAACCGACUUCAGGUGCACUCGGCGUGUAGAGCGCCUUACUGUUUACGGACGAAAAGAGGAUCGGAAGUCCCGUCGUCCUGCCGGUUUUUCUUUCCACGGCCGCUUUUCCCCGCCCCGGUGGUGACGCAGGAGAUUAACCACAAAGGGUGGUUAUUUUCUCCAGCCCGAAACCAGGCGAAUCUGAACCAGUGUUCACCGGUCGUCACCAUGGGGUGGAUGGCGAAUACGGACAUCCAACCGCCGACCAGUUUGCCCGCCGUCCUGUCUUAUAUAGGUAAGUACGUAUCCAAGCCGGAAAAGUCAUCCCUGUCGUAUACCGAGCUCCAGUCGCAAAUCCUCCCAUACGUGAACGACCGCGCCCCCCUUUUGUCGUUCGUCUCGAAGAUGCUCAAUAGACUCAUUGGAGAACGGGAUUGGUCCGCACAGGAGGUCUCCCAUCUCCUUCUCCAGAUUCCGGUUCAGCAUUCGUCGCGGGGAGUCGUCGGCCUCGAUUGCCGGCCCGAAGAAGUACAAGAGGACCUGAUUGUCUUGGAGUCGGGGGACAUUUCGGCCAGGCGAUCGGUCCUACGAAGGUAUCGAGAUCGUCUGACCGAUACGAGAAACGGGAACGCCGCCCUUCGGGACCUCAGUCUUUUGAGCUGCCUCCAGUUCUGGGAUUGGUUAAAGUGGAAGAUCCGGCCGCGGGCGAGUUCACGGGUCAUCAACUACUACCCCAGAUAUCCGAACGAUCCGAAAUCUCAGAGUUAUUCCGACUACUGCCGCGUCAAACUGAUGCUCCAUCAUCCAUUUACGGACUGGCCCGAUCUCCUCUCCGUCGAGAACGAGAACUACGGAUCAUAUAUCGACGCAUUUCGGGCCUGUCGACGUUUACAUACACACCCGCCAGACUUCUACGACGACCCGGAAGGAGAAGGCUCGGAUUCGGACUCGAGUUCGGACGAUGAGGAUCCCCCGGAGGAGGCCGAAAAUGAGCAUCCCCUGGCUGACUUCGAGGUUUUGGCGCGCCGGCGGCCGGGAGCCGAUUUGCCCACCCGUGGGGACUUGCUGGACG